GCAGCGGCGCAGCAUUAUGACGCGCACAAGUGUUAUGAGACGUGUUUUGUAAGGCUCCGAUUUGUGUCGCGGGUUUCAUAAGAUUCCCUGCAGCUCGGUUUCACCUCGGCUGGAUUUUGAAAGAGAACAACAACAACAGUCCGCUAGUGAGCUCACACUAGCUCGACACGCACAAUGUUUCCUGCUGGCAGAUAUUCAAGUCAAGGUCGCUGUUUUUUUUCUCUCUCUCCCAUCUUUGCAGCCCACAGGUGCAUCAGGGCAUUGAAAACGGUACAGGCAGAGCACGCUGCCCCUCAGCUGUACACAACACUACACAGGAGAACAUGCUCCUCGGUGUCCGGGCCCCGCAUCACAACACACUACACCAUCCACCCGCGGGACAAGGACCCAAGAUGGGAAGGGAUAGAAAUGGAGAGGUUUGCAGAUGAGGCGGAUGUGGUGGUCGUAGGCGGGGGCCCUGCCGGCCUCUCGGCAGCCAUUCGCCUGAAGCAGCUAGCCAACGAACAGGAGAAGGAGCUGCGGGUUUGCCUCGUGGAGAAGGCCUCCCAGAUCGGAGCGCACACUCUGUCGGGAGCAUGUCUGGAGCCCAGCGCGCUCAACGAGCUCAUUCCCGACUGGAAGGAACGAGGCGCACCGCUGAACACACCUGUGACCGAAGAUGUGUUCAGCAUUUUAACAGAGAAACACCGAAUCCCUGUCCCCAUGUUGCCAGGCCUGCCCAUGGCGAACCAUGGCAACUACAUCGUGAGGCUGGGGAACUUUGUCCGCUGGCUGGGGGAGCAGGCGGAGGAGCUCGGGGUGGAGAUAUACCCUGGUUAUGCUGCAUCUGAGGUUUUGUUUCAUGAAGACGGAAGCGUGAAAGGAAUUGCCACCAAUGAUGUCGGCAUCGCCAAGGACGGCUCCCCAAAGGAUGUUUUUGAGAGGGGAAUGGAGCUGCACGCUAAAGUCACAUUGUUUGGCGAGGGCUGUCACGGCCACUUGGCCAAGCAGCUUUACAAGCAGUUUAACCUGCGUGAGAACUGUGAACCGCAGACGUACGCCAUCGGACUGAAGGAGCUGUGGACGAUUGAUGAGAAGAAGUGGCGACCCGGCAGAGUGGAGCAUUCUGUGGGUUGGCCCCUGAACAGGAACACGUACGGAGGAUCUUUCCUGUAUCACCUGAACGAGGGAGAACCGCUGGUGGCUCUGGGCUUCGUGAUCGGCCUGGACUAUAGCAACCCCUACCUGAGCCCCUUCAGAGAGUUCCAGCGCUGGAAGCACCAUCCGUUCGUGGCACCCACUCUGGAGGGAGGCACCAGAAUCGCGUACGGAGCCCGGGCCCUGAACGAGGGAGGACUACAGUCCAUCCCCAAGCUGACUUUCCCCGGGGGGCUGCUCAUGGGCUGCAGUCCCGGCUUCAUGAACGUCCCGAAGAUCAAAGGCACGCACACGGCCAUGAAGAGCGGCAUGCUGGCCGCCGAGACCAUCUUCCCCAAGGUCACUGCAGAGAGCCUGGAUUCAGACACCACAGGUCUUCACGUGACCGAGUACGCCGACGCCUUGAAGAGUUCGUGGGUGUGGAAGGAGCUGCACGCCGUCAGAAACAUCAGGCCGUCGUUCCACAACUACUUCGGCCUGUACGGCGGCAUGGUCUACACCGGCGUCUUCUACUGGGUCUUCAGGGGGAAAGAGCCUUGGACGCUGAAGCACUGCGGCCUCGACGCGAACCAGCUGAAGCCGGCGAAAGAUUGCACGCCGAUCGAGUAUCCCAAGCCCGACGGCAAGAUAAGCUUCGACCUGCUCUCCUCGGUGGCGCUGAGCGGCACCAAUCACGAGGGCGACCAGCCGCCUCACCUGACCCUGAAGGACGACAGCGUGCCGGUCGCCAGGAAUUUGGCCAUAUACGACGGGCCCGAGCAGCGCUUCUGCCCCGCAGGCGUGUACGAGUACGUUCCCCUGGAAACGGGCGACGGGAUGAGAUUGCAGAUCAACGCCCAGAACUGCGUCCACUGCAAGACCUGCGACAUCAAGGACCCGAGCCAGAACAUCAACUGGGUGGUGCCCGAAGGCGGCGGCGGACCGGCCUACAACGGAAUGUGAACCUCAGGAGUUAAUUUAGUUUUUUUUAACAUUUUGAGAUAUGACUGUCCAGCAUUACACGUCUCGCCAGCAGAUGUCCCCAAGUAAGGAACUGAAAAAUAAACUACUAGUUUUUUGAGGGUAAAAAUAUAAAUGAUAAAAUGUCUAAAUCAUGAGGAUAUUGGUAAAUAGAUUGUCAUAGACAUAAAUUCUUAAAUUAUGCAGUGGUGUACUCAGGUUCAAAUGUGCCACAUUCAGAAUACAGGACCAUAAUGAAACUGAUGUUGAAGCAGAGGUCACUCACUCGUGUAGUUUUGGGAUUAUUGCUGUAAUAUCCACAAUAUGGGCAUUUGAAAUGGUUAGAUUAGAUUUUUGUGGGUUGCUUUUUAAUUAAUAUAUUUCCUUCAAAAUCUGUAAUGGAACAAGCAAACAAGCCGUUCUUAAAACAAGGUUUAUUUUUUGGAGAUGCAACAGAUCAAAAACCAACAUCGGUCCAAAACUGACGCAUUUAGCUGGAUUGGCUAUCUGUGAAAAUGUUGUUGGCGAAUAUAUAUAUAUAAAUACACUGAACAGUUAUUUAUUAAAUGUUGUGUGACAGUUAGGAAAGAGCUGUUGGAAGUCGAGCCUAAUGUUGCCUUACGGUGCGUUCACACCAAACGCGAUGCAAAUAUUUUUGCGCAAUGACAUCAAAUACAGUCCAAGCAAAGGUGCUAAUUCCACAUCACUCGUGACGGACGAAGUGAAGUCCGACAGAACCGGGGAAUAUAUUUUAUUUUAAAUUUAAUAAAUAUUUGUAUUUAAUUAUUCACAAUCAAAGGGAUAUUCAAGAGAAUAUAGGUUACAACAAAUAAACAAUAACAACUGAGGGAGCAAUAUAAAUCAGCCGCUCAUCUUUCCGGAAGUCAGAAGAACGGGCAAAUGUUGUUGGGUUGCGUUCACUGGCAUGAGUAAAUAUAUAAGCGAGCCGGCGGCCAAACUCACGCGAGUAACUCAACGUGAAAAUUCGCUUUGCGCUUGGUAUGAAUGCAGAACAAAAGAAAAACACCUGUAUUGUAUUGAUCUACGGUAUCGUCCGAUAACCAAAGCCCAGAUAUCUGUAUUGGUAUCAGGACUAAAAUCAGUCCGAUCAGUACAUCCCCAUCUCAUGUCAGCCUUAUCGCAUGUUUACUUCGAUCUGUGUAUUGUACAAAAUAUCAAAUAUUACAGUAAUGAAUAAAAACACUUGAAUGUU